GCCUGUCUCCCCUUUAAACGCAGCAGCACGAACACUUCCCCGUGCCCGCGCCUCGCGACGGGCCCAAAUCCAACACGACGACGAGGAGGAGGAGAUCGAGUGCGCCACCGAAUCGAAUAACCACAAGCCGCGGAAGAUUUCCCCUCCCCCCGGUGGAUCCCUCCUCCUCCUCCUCCUCCUCCUCCUCCUCCGGGGUCGCCUCCUCCCCUCCGAUGGAGUCCGGGAGCGAGAGCGGCAGCGGGAGCGGGAGCCGAGGGGAGAUCACGCUGGCCAUCGGCGGUGGCGGCGCGUCGGCGGCGGCGUGGACUCGGCUGGUCAGCUCCGGCGUGGAGGACGUGCUGGUGGUGGGGGGCGCGGGUGGCUGGCGUGGAGGAGGAGGAGGAGAUGGAGCGGGUGGGCUGCUGCCGUACGGGCACUUCCUGGAGGCCUGCUUCCUCUGCCGGAAGCCGCUCGCCAGCAACCGCGAUAUCUACAUGUACAGGGGGGACAUUCCGUUCUGCAGCGAGGAGUGCAGGAGGGAGCAGAUCGAAAUGGACGACGAGAUGGAGAGGAAGGAGAAGAAGAACAUCUCCAAGAAGGUGGCGCCACGUACUCCCGACCCCAGAGAGGUGGAGUCCACUCCGAGGCCUCCGAAAGCUCGCGCCGGCUCGAUCCUCGCCGGGUGACAACUGACAAGGAGGAGGGACUGAAAGUGAGGAAACUCCUCCGGGAUUGUGCUGCUCGUUUUCCGGCAAGCCAAGACCAGAUGAUCCUCACACCUUACCACCAGAAAACUAUCACUUACAAAGUUACAUAUGGGUUUGUGUUUUUGUUUAAACCCCCUUUGCUCUUUUGGUGGUGUUUGUUAGCGCCUCCCUAAUAUCGGUGAUCGAUGAUGUAUAGAGACGGAUGGAAAGGAAGAUCAGCGCUGGUUAUUAGUAGGAGUGACUGGCUGACUGCAGCUUUCUGUAAUCUGUGUUAUCAAGGGGGGGGGGGGGGGGGUUUCCUGACCUUCGUCUUGGGGGUGUUGUGAAUUUUUCCUACGUGUAGCUGAUUACUGUGGUAGGUGUAAGGUUUUUUCUAAUGAAUCUGAGGAAACAUAUGCCUAUAGAAGAAAUAGACAUAUGGACGAAUGAAUCCUUGACUUUUUUUCA